AUGGAAGGAAAGGUAACUGAAUCUUACUCUAUGGGUGGUAUGUAUAUGUAUCUGUGUGAGGAUACAGGCUCGGUUCCUUGGGAAAAAGUGGUAUGGUCUCCUUUUGGAAUACCAAGACAUGACUUCUUGGCUUGGCUUGUUGUCCUAGAUAGAUGCCCAACCAGAGACAGACUUCUCAGCUGGGGCUUGACUGUGAACCCGCUAUGCCUCCUCUGUAACUCAGAGAAUGAAUCAAGAGAUCAUCUUUUUUUCAACUGCGAUUACACUCAUGCUCUCUGGUCUGAAAUUGCCCAGCGAUGUAACCUGCUUGCACUUCAUUCCUGGAAUGAUACUCUUACGCAACUGCAGGGUCUCUCUGCGAACCGUUCUAUCAGGCGUUUGACUCUCAUAGCGGUAAAGGCCACCAUUUACUGGAUAUGGAAUGAACGCAACAGCAGACUUCAUAGAGGUAUCUUCAGAGACAAGGAUUCCUUAUUCCUGACCAUAGACAGGCAGAUCAGAAACAGGAUAUCGUCGCUUCGAGUUUCUCAUCCGACGACUUCAUCUACUAUGAUGCAGUGCUGGCUGACGAUUGGGUAG